CGUGUUGCUUGCUUCUUUCUGCUUGUGGCGGCGCACUCGCUCGCCUUUUCGAAAGGCGUGUGGAGUCAUCGCACGGUAAAGAGAGGCGGUGGCGUGUAGGCCGCGGCCCGAAGCGAGGAGGCACUCCGCCGUCUCGACGCGACACGCGAGUGCGUUGACAGACAUCUCGGCUGCGGUAGCAGACGACGGACGGGGAGAAGAGCGGAGCAGACGACGCGCAAACCGCCAACGAACGGCGAGGACGCGAGGGUGCGGUUGUUUGGGACUGGUGGGUGGCAGGCGGGGGAAGUCGGUGGCGGGUGCGACGACGGCGGGAGGUGGUGCGGUGGGGUGCGCAGGAUUCUUCCCAAGGUUGCCGUGCGUGCGCGACAGAUUCGGCAUCAGCGUCCGCGCGGCAACGGCUUUCGCUCGCCCCUGUGUUUCUCCAGCGACGGGACCGGAGAACCGCUGGCGGCGCGCCGGUGCCGCGGCGGGGAGCUGCAUCAGCAGCAGCUGGGCGCGGCGGCAGCAUCAUCCGUGGAGGGGGCAGCAGGAUGGGGUUUGUCCCGCUCCUGUUGCCGGCGCUGCUCGCCGUAGCGGCAGCGGCGUCGGCGGCCGGCUUGGACGGGUUCGACUGGGCCGGACGGCUAGCGCAGCCCACCUGCCUCGAGAUACCGGCCAACCUGACGCUGUGUCGCGGCAUCGGCUACACGCGCAUGCGACUGCCCAACCUGCUCGAACACGACAGCAUGGCGGAGGUUCAACAGCAGGCGCGCUCCUGGGUGCAGCUGGUGAACCGGCGCUGCCAUCCGGACACUCAGCUCUUCCUGUGCUCGCUAUUCUCGCCCGUCUGUCUGGAGCGGCCCAUCUUUCCCUGCCGAAGCCUGUGCGAGGCCGUUCGCAGGGGAUGUGAGUCCACCAUGGCACACUACGGCUACCCGUGGCCGGACAUGGUCCGCUGCGACAAGUUUCCCCUGGACAAUGACAUGUGCAUCGGUGUGCAGAGCGCCGCUGCAGCAAGCGAGGCCUCGGCGUCGGUCGCCUGCAGGGCUUGCCAACAGGCCAACACGACGGAGUCGCUCGUGGACAACUACUGCCGCGCCGACUUCGUGGUGCGUGCCCGGGUGAAGCGCCUUCAGGGAUCUCAGCUGCAGUGCAAGCGCUCAAAGCUGCUCAAGCUGCGCCAGGGCCUGCCACGACGUCAGCUUCGGCGCCCUGUCCUCAAGGCGCCAGACUUCGAACGCUGUUGCGGCCCGCUCAAGGGACAGCUGCUGCUCAUGGGGCUGCGUGCCGAAAACGGCAGUCUGGCCCCUUUGCUCAUCAUGCCCUGGCGCCGUACCACGGCCUUCCGCAAGGCCCUGCGGCUCAUGCGCGGAGUUGACUGCGCCAACCCGCUGCAGCACUAGUCGGUCUUGGAAAGAAGGAAGGUUGGCUGUGCCACGUUUCCCUUCGUACGUGCAGCUGAAACCCAGAACGUCCUGUCUUCCAGCCCUACGAUGGCCUAGACAGGGGCCACGCAUUUCUCUCUUGCUGGAGGGUAGCCGGCAUCGCAAAUGACUCAGAUGUGUUGUUCCUGGCAUGUCUUUGUUGAGGGUACACGAAACUAAAUGCUUGACUAAUUUGCCUGCAACAGCAGAAGUAAGGUCAUGUCCGAGAGGAAGGCAGACAGGUGCUCUGACUGUUCUGUAUUGCACUCCAUUUCGCACUUUACCGAGGUUUUGCGACAACAGAAAGUGCAUAGCAUUCUACUUUUCUACCACUUCCUGUUCCUCGUACCUCCUUAGUGCUCUUUUUUCCUGUCUUUCUUUUGCCAUGAACAUUAAAUAUGCACGUCACCAUGCAAGAAAGGCAAGAAUUAAAAGCAUCAGUACUCCUGAUAAGCAUAUCAGAAGCAAAGUUGCCAAAUCGAACAUGUCAGUGUUGUGAAGCAAUGUAGGCGUUUGGUAUUGUAUGUCUUCAAACGAGACAUCAUUUUGUAGUCUGUUCAGUACUACUGUCUGUCAUCUAAUAGAAAAUGGAGGUGCAUUUGGUACAUCUCUGCAAUCUGCACUUCAUGCAAGACUGCAGAUUUCAUGCUGCACAGCUGAUGCUGAACACAAGCGAUAAGCUUCUGUGCCAUCUAUGCUUCAUAUACAAAGUAUGGCUGGCAAUGACAUUAGCAUCAAUGCCCUCUCGGAAGAAUUAGCGCCUGUGUGUAUUGCUCCAUCACUGCAGUGAUCAAUCAGUUUUCAAAAUAUUGCUUUCCAUUUUCUCUGACUGGCAAUACAGGGGAGUAGAUGUGAACGAAGAACUUGACAGACACCUUUUCUGUGAGCUUUGUUUUUAAUGUUACACAUCUAGCAUUUGUGCUGACAGGAUGAGUCGCUGACAUCAUGUGAACAAACGGCUAUUCCCGCAGUAACCUGCAGCACUGAUGUUCCACUCAAAGGUAAAAGUAACCCUCAGGUGGCCAGUUAACCAUAUUACUCUAGCACUCUCAAAGGUGUAGCACCCUGUUGGGUACACUUUUCUUUUAUGACAAUAACUGUCAUUGUUGUGAACAUUUUCUUUUUCUUGUGCUGCUUACCUCGCAGGGGUCGUACACAGUCCUGGUGAAAAAGAUGUGCAUCCCAGCUUGAAACUAUAAACAUGUUUGAAAUAUGUUUCUGUUGACAUGGUUGAAGCCCACUGUCAUUUUAGCAAACUUGCUGUUGAACUUAGCAGAAUUUUCUGUAAUGGCAAAAAUAUGCUUUCAGCAAAUUUGCACAAAGCAUUUAGUCUAUUCUAGCUGGUAUUAAAUGAUGCUUCAGUGAAAUCAUAGGGGGUGGGGGGGGGGGGGAGAGCGAAAAAGAAAGGCAGCACUAUUUGCAGUGCCUGUCUUUGUAAACGUUUUUGGCAAAUUGUAUUUCGAAAUAUGGAAUAUUUUUUCAAAGGCACCCAACAAACAUUUUUCUAUAACGUAAGCAAACACUGCCAUAAAAACUUAAACAUCUUAGAAGUGCCUUUCCAGUAUUCACUGCAUUGCUGUCAUUAUAAUUGAAAGUUUUGCUGAACGAAGAAAAGUCUGAUAAUUGCAUUGGAACCUAAUUUGCUUACCAUAUCUUGGGAGGAUAUUUUUCUAACCGAUUUAUCAUACCACAUUGGCAUAUAGCACAUGCAAAAUGGCAACACUCGAGGUUUUGCAUGUUAGUGUGCAACAGCAACGUAUACAAGGUGACUAACGCUUUUAUUUCUGGGUGUAUGUAAUUGCAGCUGUAACACUAUGGUACGCUUCAAUUACCUUUCUUUCUAGGCACACUGUCACGGACAAAUGAAACACUAGCGGGAAAGUAUAAAGUAGGACAGCUCUCACAAGUAAUAACUCUGGAGAGAGUGCGGUUUCGCGCCGCUGUAUACCCGGUUGCCGAGGGUGGUGGAGGCUCCAAGCUAGCCGUGCAAGCUGAAGUUGUGCCGACAUCAAAGUGGCAAAAGCGGAGACGAGAGAACGCAUUCCAGUUAGCCCUAACUUGUUCGUGUUAUAUUUAUCCAUGACAGUAUGUGUCCGAGUACAUGCAUUUAUUAAAAAAAAAAAAAUUCUGUUUGCAAAGUGAGCGAUACAAGACAGAUACAUGUGGCCUCAUUCUUGCAUGCUGUUGAAAGUGAAAGCACAUCUUUUAUAUGUAGAGUUAUUCUUUAUAUCAUAAUUUCUGCCUCUCUUGUUUUAUCCACAGCAGUUUAAGUUUUGUACUCCAUUGUGAAUUAGUCCUGCCUCUCACUUUCCGAAUGAUAACCUAUGAUGUGUGGGUUGAUAGUAGUUAGAUAAUACUGUUCUGCGCUGUGAUGGCCCCAACAAAUUUUUCUGUAAAGAGGUAAUCAAAAUUCUUGUCCUUUGGUGCCGCUGCAUGUCCUUAUGGAGCCUGCAUGCCAUGGCAUUCUGACGAAACUGAAAUACAAGAUGGCCGAUUCAUUUAAGUUGAUUGCUCUUUUUCCCUGUGCUACUUCCUACUUUUCUUUGCACAUUUGGGAGAGCUUUGGCUAACUUUCAUGUCAGAAAAUAACUAUCAGUGUGUUUUACCUGUAUUGCAAUAUAGCCAUUUGUGAGUUCAAAGUUUGUCUUUUAUUUCUAUUGCAGCCAAACCCUCAUUGCAAGCUAGUUGAUCAUUCACUUCAACAUCGAAUGUGUCUGACUGCUAUGUGCAAGCACAUUUCCUGGCUUAAGUAAUUUCAACACUUUACUUACUGUGCCUUGCGUGCAAGAUUUAAUUUCAUCCAUGAAAGGGUAUCCAAGCUGUUUAUGUUCCGACACAAAAAAUAAUGGUUGUAGUGCAUAUUUCCUGUGCAUUAGCAUAUUUCACAGGCAAUUUCAGAAAGUUAUAACUGGGGCAAAUUGGUGGAGGCAGGCAUUGAUUGUCAUUCUUAUCCCUGUUUGAUAUUGAACUAGGCAAUUGUCUUUUCGAAACAAUGCAAAAUUGAGGUUUGGUAUAGUUUCAACAAAUAACAAAUGCUACUGAACUCAAGCCCCAAUCACUUUCAAGUUAAACUUUGUGGACCCAGCUUGCUGAGGAUUAAAAGGAAAAAAGAAAGAAAUUUGCAUUGAGGUGGAAUUAAGAAAUCAUUUGGGUAACUUGAGGAAACCCUUCCUUGGGCACCUACAUUGCUUUAUGUAUAUAUAUAUAUAUAUAUUUUUGCGCUGCAAUUCCCAAUUACUUUUCUUGGCUGGCCAACUUGAUGCUAAGGACAUACCAGACUCUGCUUGGCCCUGAGGAAAACUAAGUAAAAAGCAAUAACCCCAACUUCCUAAAGUCAAUAACAUGCCAUUAAGAACAGAGGCUGCAAAUUUGACAUCACACUGCUUUGUUAGGUACAGCAUGCCAACAUGGCACUAUCGACUUGAGCAGCUCUCCGAAAUAGGAGGAGCUAGAAAAACAAACGCAAGAGCUUAGUAGUUUAGCUGUAGAAAAAGCAGCCAUGAAACCCAUGUGCCUUUUUCUGACAAUUGCAAACUGCAGUCUUACUUGUGCACGAUAACAGUGAACAUGCCACCAGUUGUUCAGACAGGAUGCCAGGCUUGCACGCAAUUACUGCUCGCCAACUGGUGAGCGGCACAAGAGGCUUCGUAUUGUCACUUUAGCUGUUUCUUUUUAAGGCUUUUGCGGGAAUGUACAUGGAACUUUUGAUGUUAGAUUUACUUAUCUUGAUCUACUACAGUGGCCAUGAUAUUUUACAGCAGUGCACUAGAUUGCAUGUUCGAAUUUCUGAAAUUUAAAAACUCUGCUGUAGUCCUCAUGCGAGCAGAGUUAUGACUAGCAGGUCAUACUGAAAUGUUUCAAAUGUGCAAGCUUUCGUUAACGAGGUGGCAUGACCACAACUAAUUAUGUCUUGUUUAAAUAGAUGUAGCCACUGGGGGAGUGAUAUUGUCUCAACACUUCUAACCUUUCAAUACUACUUAACUAGCAAAUAACUGGUGUGUUUGUAGCCUGUUGUGUGUAAAGACUGAGCCAUCUUGAGCCCUCUUCGUCCAACAAUCAUUUAUCUUUUGCAUUUAAGAAUUUUCUUCCUACUGCUUACGGUUGCUUGUGUUCAUAGCUCCAAGAAUGACAUCUUGUCUCGGAGUUCUGCAUUUUAUGUGAAGCUUCAGGAUCUCUCUCUAAUUCUUCGUACGUGAGAUCCCCAUUGAAGUGCGCAUUUGAUGUCCGAGACCUCCCAAUGUCAGUGCCAUAUUACACAACAUAGUGUUAUUUCAGAUGCAAGGCUAUGUAUGAACAAGUGAAGCUUUAGUAGAUGUUUUUCUUUAGAAGUAUUUUUUUCUUCCAUUCUUUCAUUGGAAUGAAAGAUAGUUACAGGUGUUGUACCAACUUUUUUGCUAGACACAGUCUACCAUUGCCAAAUUUUUAUUGAUUGAAAGGUAUGUUGUUUUGUCAGGUAGCCUUAGUAUGCAAUCACUUGAUCUCUAGCUAUAUAUGGUAAGUGCUGUAUGUGGGGGAUUUACUCCAAGUCAACCAAAUUUCCAGUAGGCAGGUUAAGCAGAACUCAAGUUGAUAUUCAGUUCAGGUAGAGCGCUUUACGCUGGCUCUGGUUCAUCAUGACCAGCUUUGCCCUUUGCAUCAUUUUCAGGGCAGAUAACAUUGAUAGCUCUUUGUGAAUUAGAGAUUUUUCAUUUCAGCAGUGGCAACCCGCAAUCUUUAAUAAAAGGAUGCUGAAAAAAUUCAUAAUGUUAAGCUCGAACGGUAGACAGAACAUCUUGAAUACCAAAUGUGUCAGCAGUUGUGAGCAGCGCAUGGUUGCAGUGUUGUCGUGCCUGGCGAUGCUGGUGGCUGGCUCGUUAUUCGUUAUUAUGUUAUUAGUCCCCUACGCUCCCUUCGCGCAGGAACUUGGUAAACCAGAAAGGAUAUGGGAAUUAGACUUGAAAAUCCACACACACGCUCUCAUGGACAUCACAGAUGGAGACAUCAUUUGCUCGAAGCCAGUAAUUUACUAGUAAAGGGCGAUUUCAGGGCAUUCAGAAGUAUGCAAUGACCUAGCUUCAGAGCUUCUGGAAACUUUUGCUAAGCAUGAACAGGCCCAAAUAUGCAAAAAAUUCCAUUAUAUCUCUGAUGACCUAUCGAUGUCAUUUUGUUCCAUGGUUUGUGUGUGGACUACAAUUUUCAUUGCUGAUAUUUGACCUUUUUCUACCAAGUAUGUGCAAAUUUGAGUUUUGAGAGUGCACUUUACCAGUCGAAAUUGAUUUGUUUGGUCUCUAGCAUCCCUAACAGCCAAAUGUGCCAUGAUAGUGCCAAGUUUUCUUUUACUAGGUAAAGAAGUGUUUAUACUGCAACUCUAUUUUGCCGUGUUUACUGCACAAUGCCUUUCCUAUGUGGCUUGCAUUAAACCUACCCGAGUUUGUUCUGAGUAUUUCAUUCACUAUUUGCUGUUUUGAGAGUGCUGUUUUCACAUUCAUUUGUUUUCUCACUUUCAGUAUGUGAACUCUGUCCCUUUGCAGGUCACAAUUUGUCUGGUUUGUCUUGAAAGACAAGUUUGAGUGAGGGUCGAGUGAGGCUUCAGCUUGCAUUCAGCUGUCGAGCACUCGCUCUGAACCCUAGAGUCAACCCUGUGUGCCAAAGGAUGUUGUGUGUGUUUUUGCUUUGUGGGGUAGCUGUUGUAGCUGCCGUUACUGUGUGCCGUGAUGAAGGAACAAAACAAGAUAACCUAUCACAUUCGAAGUGACUAUCAAUUUUAUUCGAUGGCCCGUACAAAGGCCUUAGCUUGCAGUCAAGCGCCACAGAUGCAUCGGCCAGAAAGCUUGUACAUCAAAGUCAUUUACUGGCACACCCACAACUUAGUGUUCAUCUUGUGUGUGCUUUGUCAUAUUUGUUCUUCCACUCCAGUGUGCUUUAUUGUGGUUUUGUACGAACUUGUGAACAGCGUUAAUUUCCUAUAUCUAGCAUGGACGCUUGAUAGGGAUGCCACCUGUAGUCCCUUGGCUGUGAUAAGCUUUUAGUGAAUAAAGUGUCGUAAUUUA